UCACAUCCACACGGCUCUGCAGCUCGUGGAAUUCAGAAGCACUGGUAAGAUCUCGAUGCUGGGAACUCGCCACCUCCGCGCGGGCCAAACGGACUUUCUCUAACGUUUGUGUGUGUAUGUGGGUUUUUUAUUUUGUAGGAAAUGCGUGUGUGCGUGAAGACAUGGGCUACGUAAUAAACUAAUGUACUCGGGGAAAAUUAAUUUGAGCCACCAGUGCGUCUGUGUGGAAGGAGUGAUCUAAACGCAACCACAGCGAACGCGUUUCCAGCAGAAUGUAGAUUGAAUACCAGCAACAUGAACGCAUAUUUAUAAACAAAUCACUGUAACUCGCACUCUUUUGCUUUUGUAUUUGUGUGUAUUUGUUUUUCUCGUGCUGUUCAAGCGAACUGUACACACGUACGACAGCAUUUGAAGAUAAACUAUACAGCAACGCCGACGAGGACUUAAUGGAUUGCCUUCUCUUGUACUCUGUUGCAAUCACUUUACUGGAAUCAAUCUAACGAAACGCACCACGCUACUCGAACCUAGGCGGUGGAUGCUUAGGUUUUAUUUACUAAACUGGAUUUCUGCGGAUUUUUAAAAAACUGGAUAGCCCUGUAGCGCUGUUAGAAAACCCAAAGCAAGACAUAACUUCUAGACUAUCAGAUAUUGCUAUAUGCAAUAUCUGGACUCUUGGAUGACCUUCCUGAUGAGAGAUCCAGUUAUCCAAGGUUCGAGUAUGGCAUACCACCCGUUUUUACCUAACCGGGGUCCAGAGUUUGCCAUGAGUGCCAUGCUGGGCCACCAACCGCCCUUCUUCCCUGCGUUGGCAUUGCCACCAAACGGCUCGCUUUCACUACCAGGAGCUCUCGGAAAGCCCAUUAUGGAACAGUUGAUGGGCACCGCGGAUUCCGGCCUGCAUUUCUCCUCUCUAGGGCAUCAGGCCGCCGCUGCUCAUCUUCGGCCUCUUAAAACACUCGAGCCGGAGGAGGAAGUAGAGGACGACCCGAAAGUUCAUCUAGAAGCAAAGGAACUUUGGGAGCUCUUCCAUAAGUGUGGCACAGAAAUGGUUAUCACCAAAUCAGGAAGACGAAUGUUUCCUCCGUUUAAAGUAAGAUGCACUGGCCUGGACAAGAAAGCCAAAUAUAUUCUGUUGAUGGAUAUUGUAGCGGCUGACGACUGCAGGUAUAAAUUUCAUAAUUCGCGUUGGAUGGUGGCCGGUAAAGCUGACCCCGAAAUGCCAAAGCGGAUGUACAUUCACCCCGACAGCCCAGCAACUGGCGAGCAAUGGAUGUCCAAAGUCGUCAACUUUCACAAACUUAAACUCACCAACAAUAUCUCAGACAAACAUGGAUUUGCCUUGUUUUCAUUGCAGACAAUUUUGAACUCCAUGCACAAAUACCAGCCAAGAUUUCACAUUGUUCGGGCCAACGACAUUCUCAAACUCCCCUACAGCACGUUCAGAACUUACGUUUUCCCCGAGACUGAUUUUAUUGCUGUUACUGCGUACCAAAACGACAAGAUUACACAGCUGAAAAUCGACCACAAUCCAUUUGCUAAGGGUUUUCGAGAUACUGGAAAUGGACGACGUGAAAAAAGAAAACAGUUGGCCUUACAAUCCUUACGAUCCUACGAGGAACCCCAAAAAAAAGAAAACGGCACUUCUGACGAUUCAUCCGGCGAACAGACUUCGUUUAAAUGCUUUCGUCCAGCUUCAUCUCCUGCCGUGGCCACCGUGGGUCGACAGAGCUUAAAAGACUUCUGUGACAGCGACGAAGACAGUGACGAGGACGAAAGAGACAUAAACCUUAAAGAAGGACCAGACUCAAGCAAAAUCUCCACCACUACCACUGAAGACGCAAAGGAACGGGAAGGUGCUUUGAACAAACUCAACUCGUUUGGAGAAGGUGACUCUCGUUUGAGAGAGAGCAGGACUGAGAAAAGCCGUGCCGAUUCACGACACAGUCCAGUAACGCUCAUUUCUAGCACCACGCGCUCGGGAGAAGAGCUUAAAAGUCCCGCAGGAGAGCAGCCCAAACUGGACGAGUGCCGCUCCGUAAGCAAGGACAGUUAUACAACACCGUUGACGGUUCAGACAGACGCCGGCGUGCAUCUGAACCAGAGCCACUUUCACAAUUUCGGAUUUCCGCCCGGUUUGGCCGGGCAGCAGUUUUUCAAUCACUUGGGAAGCGCCCAUCCUUUCCUCUUGCAUCCCAGUCAGUUCAAUAUGGGAGGUGCGUUUUCCAAUAUGGCCGCCGGGAUGGGGCCAUUAUUGGCAGCCGUGUCCUCCGGAGGAGUGACCAGCAUGGACACGGCCAGUAUGGCGUCACCGUCGCAAAGUCUGACUGGAGCGCCGGGAGUGCCUUUUCAUCUGCAGCAACACGUCCUGGCAUCUCAGGGAUUGGCAAUGUCUCCCUUUGGAGGCCUUUUCUCAUAUCCCUACACGUACAUGGCAGCAGCAGCUGCUGCCUCUUCAGCAGCCACCUCCUCGGUUCAUCGCCACCCGUUCCUUAACGCCGUACGCCCGCGGCUCCGGUACAGCCCUUAUUCAUUACCGAGUGUCCCGGACAGCACUUUGCUUACAACCGCCAUUCCUACCAUCGACCUGAAGGGGGACGUCAUGGCUUCUAGUCCGGUAUCUGCAACUUUGGACUCCACGUCUGAGGUGACCAGCCGUUCUUCGACCAUAUCAUCCGGCUCCGUGUCUCUAUCGCCAAAAACAGGCUCUGAAAAAGAUUCAAACAACGAGUUGCAGAGCAUCCAGCGCCUUGUGAGCGGACUCGAUUCAAAGCAGGACAGAGAGCGAAGCGUAUCUCCAUAAUAAUAAUUAUUAAACAUGAUCUCCAUUGGGAAUCAUUAAGGACAUUGAUGAUACGGAUCGUGUACGACGACGCCCUUCUAGUGAAAGCGGGUUUACAUACGAUGCGAAACUAUAGAUUAAGAAAAUGUUCGAUUUAAAAAUGCACUUUGGUAAAAGACAAAAUUGAAAAAAAAAUCUUUAGUUGUGUUCUUGUCUUCUUAAAUUAAAACAAUCUCCUUUUCUCCUGGUGUUUGAAUAGAUUACCGUAGAAGUAUUGAAUACGCCCAGCUUGGUAAGGAACAUGUCACAGAUGGAAUAAGCUGCUGCUGUUGCUGGGGUGUCACUAGAGUCAUUUUAAUAUGCACUCUUAAUAGAUUCUUAGUUUAUUGGAUAUCUCUUUGUCUAAUAAAAAACUGCUGUUUUUUUUACUUAUAUAUUUUAUUAUUUUAAACCUGUCAUUACUGCCAGAUGGAAGCAGACGUUCUGCAUGUCACGUUUUUUUGUUGUUGUUGUUGUUUUUUUUGUUUGCUUGUUUUUUUGUUAAUUUUUUUGUUUUGUUUUGUUUUGUUUUUUUGUUUUGUUUUUUUAUAACCAAGAUUACCAAAUACACACCAACUACAUCUCACGUGAAAUAUGACAAAGCAGAGCGUGCAAUACAAUACUUCUUAACGGGUUUACUUUCAUCUCAUGUUUAGAGUCAUGUACCCAAAGUCGUUGAGCAAACAGUGAAAAAACUGUAAGCAAAAAUUGGGAAUUUGCAAUCACUCUAACAGCCACGUGUACAUAAAUACAUGGGUUACACCCUAAAUGAAACAAAUCAUCUAAUAUUUUAAGCUACCCCGCGGUACACACACACAAAAAAGGAUUGGAUCCAGCGU